AUGACCUUUAAGGAAAGAAUUGAACGGCUCCUCAACCAGUGGCGGAAGGACGAGACCAAGUCCAAGAAAAAAUCAGGAGAAAAUGAAGAAUAUACAGAAAAAGAACAACUUCUCAUCGACAUUACUGGACUGUGUGAAGAAGCUGAAUUGAAGAAGCAAACGAAGGAGAAAACUAGUAAAGCCAAGGACAGGGACCUAGUCGAAGCAGGAAAGGCAGUGCGGGAGGCUGCAAUGCAGGCUAUGGUGAAAAGAAAGGCAACGAAAACGUUAGAGCAAUUACGUGAUUUAGAGUCAGAUGAAAACAGCAGCAGCGAUGACCGAACACCAUCAAAGUCAAAGAAAUCACGUAAUACUAAAGCACCAGAAGCAGACCCCUUGAUGGAACUCCUCAAUCGUAAACUGGAGCUGGACACACAGAAGGAAGAAAGGCGCCGAGCAGAGAUGGAAAAUCAACAGCAAAUGCUGAGACUUCUUAUCGAGACCUUGAAGAAAUGA